CUCUCUCUCUCUCUCUCUGUCUCUCUCUCUCUGUGUCCAUUGUUCGUUUUUGCCCGUUUCGCCUCUGCAGUAACAGCAGCAGCUCGCCUUGGUCCUUCUUCUUCUUCUUCUUCUUCUUCUUCUUCUUCGCUAGGGUAUAUCGGUUCGGCUAUCCUCUUCCAUCUGCAGCUCCGCGCUCGUGUGAAUGUGUGUGUGUACGUGUACAGCUCCUCCGUUAGAGAGAGGAGAUGUCGUCUGGCGCGCGCUGCAUAGCCGGAGACGGAACUCUCCUCCUGCCCACUGUACACUUUCAGCUAUAUACACGGCGGGAGAGAGAGAGGAGCAUAGCUAUAGCGGGCCGAGCGCGCGGUUCGCUCCUUCAGUCGGCGCGCGACUCCUCCGGAGAACGUACACGCCGCCUCGCGGUACCAGGCCCACGCGCCAGCGCACGUUUCUAUAUUCUCUAUACAGCUAUACCUGAGCAGAGUAAUUUUUUUCUCUUCGCCGUUGCAGCAGCCGAGAUAACGCACACGUGCCUUCGAAUUACCCGCGACUGUGAUAACAAUAAAAGUGCGCGUUGGACUCUACUCCGAUUUGCAAAUAACGCGUUUGAUAAAUCGCUCGACCCCCGGCCCGCGACGAACAGCGUUAGUCCAUUAAUGUAAUUAGGCGCGCGCGAAAAAUUGGCCGAUCGGUUUCAAUUAAAAUUGCUCGGAGAGGCGCUAUAGAAGUAUACAGUGUGGAUCGGUGUGCGCGUGCAUUAAUCAGGACGAGUAUAUAGAAUAGAGAGAGUGAGAGAAGGAGAGAAAAAAAUGCGCCUCAGCAACACGGCUGGCAAUUAGCGCAGUGGGGAAAAGGGUGUAUAUGUACACUCGCACACGACGAUCGGUAUCUCGGUCGAGGACCUUCUCGCCAGGACGACGGAGCUAGGACUGCACCGCACGCUAUCUAUACGGCCGAAGAUGAGGAAGCAGCCAGCUGGCGAACAGCGAAAGCGAAGGUGCGCAGAGUGUUCAGCGUCGAUUACUCCGGAUAACUGAGAUCGGUUGGGAUUUCACGCCGAUCGUCUCUCGCAACACGAUGAAAAAAUCGGUUCGUAAUCCAGCAGCAGCUAAAGACUCAUCGUCAUCGUCGUCAGCUUGAUUAAACGACAGCGAAGCUAGAAAGAAAGAGAGCGAGAGAAGCGAGAAUGAAGCUAAGCCCGAUAAUCCUUUCGGCGGCGGUGGCGGCUUCGGGCCAGUACCUGCAGACGGCCUCGGGUUCCCGUCGGCUGGACCGACCGGCCAACAACCACCAGCAGCGUCACCAGCAUCACCAACCGGCCGAGCUGUCGACUGAGUACUUCCUGAUCCCGGCGCUGGAUCGGGUGAAGCAGCAACAGGAACCGGCGAGCACCGCCAGUGUCGUCAGCGUACCGGCGUCUGGUACCAGAGGACACCAGCGACCUGGUCCAGCGAUCGUCACUUCGGCUGAUGACCCGAGGAUCGGACCUGCACCUCAUCAGCCGCUGCUCAGGCAGCAGUCUUGGGCUCUGCCACUGGCCGCGCUCAGCGCUGUCGCGAUGCUCAUCAUGGCCGGUUUCGAGGUUUUCGUGCUGCUGAAGGCGAGAGCAGCAGCGCCUAGCAGACGGCAUCUGUUCCUCGGGCAAGCUCUGCUCCUGGGGCUCUUCCUCCUGGCUGGUUUAUCAGCCGCGGCCUCGCUCACGGCCAACCCGAUCUCCUGCACGGCCUUCCGUCUGGUCGGACUUCCGGCGGCACUGGUCUUUGCCGCUUUGCUCGUCAAGUGCGUCUUUCUGCUGUCCCUCAAUAGCGGCGUCUAUCUGCCAGCUCCUUAUCAGGCGCUGGUCCUCGUGUUCGCGGUGCUGGUGCAAGUGGCGAUCGUCGGGCAGUGGCUGUACGGGGAACCCCCGGCGGUGCACCAGCCGCUGAAGCUGAGGCUCGAUCGCUCGCCCGCGAUAAGCUCCUGCAAGACGCCGAUCGGACAGACCGUCGCGUCCCUCGGGUACCCGGGAGCACUACUGGUAGCGGUGACCUUCCUGGCGAUUCGAGCGCGCGGAGUGCGAGACAACUACCGCGAGUCGGCGUUCAUCGGUCUAGCCGUCGGUCUGGCCUUGCCGAUCUGGCUGACGAGUGCGAUCGGCUCGAUCGUCGCGCCCGAAUCGGAACGCGAAGCCUGGCUGGCUUUUGGACUCCUGGCCACGGCCAUCCUCGUUUUCCUCGCCAUGUUCGUGCCCAAAGGAAGACAGCUGGCGGCACUGGGUCGAGAGGGGACCAACGGUGUCGUCGCCGCGGCGACGAUGAGAGCCGAGCGCGAGGAGAGACUGAGCUCGCUACCGGGCAGUGGAUACUCGCCCUCGUUCUUCCACUUCAAACCGGCCGAGUCGAGCCUCAAGAGGAAGAUGCACUACCACAGCGCUGAUCGCGUAGCGCUCGUCUCCUCGGGGAUACCAGGCUGCAAUGCCUGCAGACACGGUGGCAGUCCUGUCUACUCGGAAGGCACGUCUGCCUCCAACUUCGAACACAUGCCAUAUAUUCACGGACCAAUGGAGACAUUCGUCCUGCCGCCAGGAAUGUAUCUAAGGCCAGAAGACACAGGGAACCUGUACACAACCCUCUCUGCAAAUCCUAACGUAUUCUUCCAGAGAGCUCACCCGGGAAUGAUGUACUGACUGCAGUAGCCGAUAUGCGCGCAUUACUUUAAUUAAGAAUUUACUCAUAGUCCUUACACUUACGAUUGUAAAUAGUACUCUCUCAUACACGCGUGUAAUAUACAUCUAUAUAAGCAUAAUGUUUCAUCCUACAAUCAUAUAAGUCGACGCGUACGAUUCAAGUUUUAUACAAUGAAAUGUGUACUUCUACAUAAUAAAAAUGUGAAAGAAU